UGGUAUCUCGACAGAGACGCCAACAUCCUCUUAGCUAUCCAAGUCAACGUCUUCGACUGCAACAGCAUAGCUAUCGCUGCAUCCUUUUUCUCACAAGUUCAUGGAUGGACCUUCUUCAAGAGUUGGGCUGCUCAGUCUCGAAACAAUCAUACCAAAACAGUCUCACCCAAAUUCAAUCUUGCUAUGCUCUUCCCUCCUAGAGACAUGCCUAGUCAUGGUCAAACAAUACUCAUUACCAUCUCCCCAAGACAAGAACACUUGUACUUAUGCCACAAAUAAAUUUGUACUUAGUCCCUAUUCUGUGUCUACUCUAAAAUCCAAAUUUAGUGCAACACACCAACAUCUAAAUCCAAGUCGUGCUGAGUCUGUUUCGGCUUUCAUUUGGAGCAGAUUUAUGGUCUCUACUCAAGGAGACGAGACUAGUGAGGUUGGAAAGAGGUACAGAGUUGUUCAGGCUGUGAAUUUGCGUCCGAGGGCAAACCUGCCUUUGCCUAAACUUAGUUUUGGUAAUGUUGGUGACUGUCUUCUCACGUGCCAUCAAUGGAGAGAAGUGAGGAAGAUGGGUAUGGGUUGGUGAAGCAACAAGGAAAAUUGAUGGUGAUUAUGUCAAGAAAUUUAAAGGAGAUUUUGAUGUGGUGGCUAAAGAAAUAGAGGGAUGGAAAGGAAUUGCAUUUAAUGUAUGAGGCUGAUUUUGGGUGGGGGAGACCUGUGUGGGUGACAAUGGCUGCACAAACUGUUGGGAAUGUUGUUGGUCUAAUGCCCAUUCCUGUGGCCAAUGUAUCAGGGGAGGCCAUGCAAGCAGUGAUGAGUAUGAGAAGGGAUGAGUUGGCAAAACUUGAACCUGAUAAAGUGUUCCAAGCAUUUGUUUCCCCUACAUUGGAUGAUAAAGUUUUCUUUAAGAGCUCUAUGUAGAUUUAGGUAACCUCUCUCCUGUACUACUGAAUAAUUAUUGUGAUUAAUUUAAGUUCCUCUAUUGGUA